AUGAUCAUUUGCCGUCUUUCAAUGACUCUUUGUCUCGUAAGUGCCCUCGCAGAAGCCAUAGAUGUCGUCGGAAUGGGCUGCGAUCGCGAUCCGUCUCUGCCGUUUUGCGCCGGCGACAGGCGAGAACAGGAAUUCUGCCAAGCUUUCGAGAACAUAUGCUCAAAAAUCAAUGAGGGCUCGACCUUGAUGAGCAAUUCUCGAGUGCAAGCCGAACUUGCCCCAAUUGACGGCGGUGACGGUGAUGACCGCAUUUUCAAGCAUAAGGAGAGGGGCAGGGAAGACUCCGAUACCUCAAGCGCUCCCUUGGCUUCUGGAGGCAAGAAGAAGAAGAAGCGCAUCAACUUCACGCGCUUUUGCAAGGAGUUCAAGACGCGAUACCUCUACAUAUGCCCCGAUCCGUUUAGGUUUGGGCAAAAGGCAGUCCUAUUCUGUCCAAUCUACUCGGAUCAUUGCCACGUUCCACUGCCCGGCAAGCCGGUACUACCGGAGCGUAAGGGCCGACGGAGUAACAGUGUACAGCGAUUGUGCGCCGCGUACAGGGGCUACGCGGAGCAGUAUUGCAACAAUGCCCUCCUCCUCUCCCAACCUCGAUACCGCGACGGAUGCGAAAAGUAUUGGCGAUUUUGUCUGCGCCGGAACGGA